UACAACCCGGAUUUGGAGACGGAUACGAGCCUGUAAUAGAUGCUACACACAGAUGAAGAUGCCAGAUGCACAGACGCAUCGGUUAUCAUGUUUUCUCCUUUUUGCAUUAGUUUUCCGCCUCGGUUCAGCGGCCGAGGUCUCCGUGUGGAACGUGGAGAUCAACUCGACACAGGAUGCUGUGUUCAGAAAGACGCUGUACGCCAACACCACCAUUUUCAUGAAGUUCCAGGGUGACACGGCGUCAUGUGAUAAAAACCUGGCCUUCAACAUCAGCUGGUACCUGCGCUCCUCUGUCUGUUACAACGAGGUCUUCAACACACCGGACAACAAAGCGAUGAACAUGUUCGACAUGGAUCACAUGUUGAAGGAGGACUGGAGCGGCUUCUACAGCCACGGCUACAUGUACUUUGAGAACUGCUCCUCCCUCUUCCUACCGAAGGUGUAUUACCCAGACUUCAACCCAUAUCAGCCCCUCACCAGCCCCAAGAGUGAACCGUCCAAUCAGAGCUUUAUCUGGCCCGACAAACCGGACAUCAGCGCCGUGGCGAAGGCGUGGGAGGACAGCCCCUACCUGUUCAUAGUGAAGGUGCAGCCCAUGUUCCGCGGAGUCGACGACGAAGACAUCGGAGCGGAGCAGCUCAGCUUCGCCUUCACAAUGAAAGUAGAGAUGAAGGGACCGCAUGACUACUCUUCCCCUGCAGACCUGCCCCUGAUGAUGUUCUUCAUGGUGAUGUGCAUCGUGUACGUGCUGUUCGGCGCUCUGUGGCUCUUCUGGUGCGCCUGCUAUUGGAGGGAUCUGCUGCGGAUCCAGUUCUGGAUCGGCGCCGUCAUCAUCCUCGGCAUGCUGGAGAAAGCCGUGUUUUACUCGGAGUACCAGAGCAUCCGCUACAAAGGAGACUACGUCCAAGGAGCAGUGAUCUUUGCCGAGUUGCUCUCUGCUCUCAAAAGAUCUCUCGCACGAAUCCUGGUGCUCAUCGUCAGUCUGGGAUACGGCAUAGUCAAGCCCAGGUUGGGUACCACAGUGCAUCGGCUGGUAGCUGUCGGGCUUCUGUACCUGCACUUCUCGUCUGUGGAGGGUGUGCUCAGAGUGACAGGAGGUUUCUAUGGGACGGUGGCUCUGGUGGCUAACCUCAGCCUCUCGCUCAUUGACUCCUGCGUCAUGUGGUGGAUCUUCAUCAGCCUGUCUCAGACCAUCCGCCUCCUGCAGCUGCGCAGAAAUGUUGUGAAGCUGGCUCUGUACAAGCACUUCACCAACACGCUCAUCUUCUCCGUGGUCGCCUCCAUCAUCUUCAUCAUCUGGACCACCAAAGUGUUCAAGCUGGUCGACUGCCAGACGGGAUGGAGGGACUUGUGGGUCGACGAUGCGUUCUGGCGUCUGCUGUUCUCCACCAUCCUGCUGGUGAUCAUGGUGCUGCUGCGGCCCUCUGCCAACAGCCAGAGGUUCUCUCACUCUCCUCUGAUUGAUGAGGAUGACGAUGAGGAAGAGGCCAAGGAGCCCAUGCUGAAUGAUGCUUUCGAGGGGAUGAAGAUGAGAGGCUCCAAGCCGGACUCUAACGGCUCCCAGAAACUGUUGAGUAAAGAGGAUGAAGACCUAAAGUGGGUCGAGGAGAACAUUCCUACAUCUGUCGUUGAUGUAGCUCUCCCUGUAAUGCUGGACGAGGAAGAGGAAAUCCUGAAAACCAAGUUGGAGCGAUCCAAAAUGGAGUAGAAGUCCUUGUGAGGAGCGGACGUGAUAUAAUGGAAGGAAAGCAAUUUCACUGAGGAGGCAAUGGAUGCGUUCUCAGUGAUCUGAUUACCAAAAAAAUGUGGGCAAAGCCAACCUUUCUCUCCUCCAGACACUUUGCAUUUCUGCUUUUAUUUCACAGGUAUUGGGUCACACUGUAAUAAGCUCGGAGGAUAGUCUUUCUUAUGUAGUUCUUUACAGCGCAACAGGAUGGGAUGGUUUUCAGGAGGGAGGAGAAACUGAUGCAGGAGCACUUUUUAUUUGUUUUAAAGAUGUCCAAACUCGGUCAAAACUCAACCGAAUCUGUGCAUUUCACACAAUUAAAAAGCGCAUUGAGAUUAGACUCAAACAAUAUUUCACAUAAAAGAAAUGACCCAAUCCAAUCAAAUUGGAAAAGUGAUCCUAGCGCCUGAUUCCUCAAAUUUUAAGGACGGGACACAUUUGAUUUCAGAUCUGUUUGGUUACAAAUCAUGUUGAUAAUUUGGCCAGAUAUAUCCGAUAAUAGUUUAGAACACACGCUGAAAACAGCAAGUUGUUGCUCAUAAUAAGAUCACCUUUACACAGCGUCUCAUACUUGAACUUCUCUUUGGUAAUGUGCUGUAAAAGGACUAGAAAUGUAAAAACCAAAGCUGUUUUCAGCAGGUGUUUUACAUAUUCAAUGGGUCACAAACAUUUCACAUUUAAAUAAACAGCUAUGGUGUGAUUAGCCAUUGAGCCAGAUAACAAUAAGCUAAUUUCUCAAGGUGCUCCAACAAAUCCUAUAUGUUGAUCUUGUUGUUAACACACGACUAACACUGUUAGCUGGCUCAAUGAUUAAUCUGAAUAUAGAAACUGACUUUAUAACAUGUACUGUAAACACAGCGGCAUCAGAGUGUAUUGAAACUUGAAGCAUAUCACAGUAAGACAUGUGUGGUAACUACAACCAGUGUUUUAGUCGGAGUCACCUAGGAAGAGUCCGAGCCGAGUCUGAGUUAUCAUUCCCUGAGCUGGAGUCCCGAGUCAGCCUCAAAGAGUGUCUCUGCACGUCUUUAGACUGACAAUAGCGGGGGAGCGUGGUACGGGACCUCGCCUCGCAGCUGCACAGGCCUGGGUCAGAGCACAUCCGGACUCGAGACAAAACGCUCUCGAGUCCAAGUCCGGUCGUCAAUGUGCGACACCGAGUUCGAGUCCCGAGUCCAUCAGUGCGUGAGUCGGAGUCCGAGUCCACGACGGACUACAACACACUGUUUUCUGUUCUUGGAGAAUGUAAUAUAUAUAGUGUCAUCAGAGGGGUUCAGAUUGUCACGUCAACACAGCACAUUUCAAGCUACUGGAAAUAUGACUAAUGAUGGUCGAUUAUCCAGCUUUUACUGACAAGAGACUGCUCGGCCCUCAGUGAGGGGGAAAAGGAAUGAUAAAAGACCCGCUUUAAAGGAAGAGUAGUCUUAAACUUAGGAUGUUUAUUUUUAUCUCGAUAAAAAUAUACCUUUUAUAGCGUCUCGAUUAAUAGCUGUGAUUUAUGCACACUCCAUUUCGCACAGUGUAUAUUAAAAUAAACACUAAAUAUGUACAUGCUAAAUGAAUAAUUUUCAUUUCACUGCAAUUUAAUCCCAUUUACACUAAAAAUAAUCUUGCCUUUCUGUGGCAGAAUUAUAUGCCCGUCCUUGUUCAAACUACUGCAGAUUGUGUGGAUGUUUUGAAAUUCUUAUUUCAUGUCUUUUUUUUUUAUAUAUUUGUCUUGUUAUGGAUUUAUUUUAAUUUUAGAGAGACACUAAAGCCCCAAUUUUCGGGAUGUGAGUCUGCGUAGUAAUGUAAAGCUGAUGGUAUUGUAUGGCUUUUUGCGUGUGUCCUGCGAAUAAAAUUUAUAUUAUAACACAA